GUUUUCUUUCAGUAGCUUUAUAAGACGGAUUGUAAACAAUAUGAAGAAAUAUUCAUAGACUGUAACUUUAAAAAAAUAGUUUUUAAAGUGAAAUAAUUGCUUUAGAGUUGCUUGAUCCAACAUAUUAUGUGAUAUAUUGAUAAAGCUACACAUUUUAAUAAAUAGACAUAAUAUGGUUCCAAAAGCAACUGAUACUACUGAAACUAGAUUCCAACAUGAAUACUUAAAUGAAAGAUCUGUAAAUGAUGGUAAAAAUGUUGAUUCAUUUUCACCUUUAUUGAGACAGAUAUUCGCAGCAUGUGCGCCAAUUGCAGCAACAAUAUCAGCUGGUUUUACGAUUGGAUACUCUGCAAUAUUUCUUCCACAACUUCAAUCAGAAUCAAGUACAAUACCAAUAACAUUAGAAGAAGGAUCAUGGAUUGCAAGCUUGGCAGCAUUCGCAAUGGCACCUGGAUGUCUUCUGGGUGGUUUUAUAAUGCAGAAAUAUGGUAGAAAGUUUUCGCAUUACUUUCUUUGCAUUCCCACAAUCAUUGGAUGGUUUUCAAUUUAUUUCGCUAAAAGUAUUCCACUGAUAUUACUCGGGAGAUUUCUGACAGGUUUAGCAACUGGUCUGCUCGGUCCACCUGGGACUGUUUAUAUAGGUGAAACUAGCGAGCCCAAAAAUCGUGGAUUCUUGCUUGCGACAAUAACGCUUUCAAUGUCGUUUGGGAUCCUCUUAUGCCACAUAAUGGGAACAUUUUUUCAUUGGAAAACAGUGGCAUUAAUAUCAGCCACGAUUUUCCCUUGUAUCAUAUUUAUGAUAUUGUCAUAUUUACCGGAGAGUCCAUCGUGGUUGCUCACACAAAAUCGAUUGAAAGAAGCGGAAGAAGCAUUUCUAUGGCUCCGAGGCACAUCACCGGAUGCGGCGGGGGAACUUGAAGGGCUCAUAAAGAAGCAUGAGAUAACGAAAAAGGAAGAGGAUGCAAGCAAUAUUGAGAAUAAUUUUUUGACAAAAUUAAAAAUCAACAUGAGAAAGCCGGAAUUUUAUAAGCCAUUGGGUAUUAUCUUACUGUGCUUUUUCAUCAUGCAAUUUUCCGGCGUAAAUUCUGUAGCGUUUUAUACAGUGAGCUUAAUGAAAAAUGUCACAGGACCAGGAAAUGAAUAUUUCUCUAUGAUUAUCAUUGAUACUGUUCGUGUCCUAUCGUCAUUUGUUGCAUGUGUUCUGCUCAAAAUGUGCUAUCGUCGCACACUGCUCAUGAUAUCUGGUACUGGAACAUCUAUUUGUAUGAUUGCUGUAUCCAUAUGUAUGUACUAUAGUAAAACUAAUCUUGGUAAUUCAAACAUCUCGUGGCUUUCGAUGAUAUUUUUGAUUGGCUACAUCUGCUUCAUAAGUUGUGGACUUUUCCCAUUGCCAUGGGUUCUUCAGGGUGAAAUGCUGCAGCAGGUUACCCGUGGAUUUAGCAGUGGGUUAACGUCAUGCUUUAAUUUUAUUUGUUUCUUUAUCGUUGUAAAAACAUUCGUACAACUGAGCGCGGUGAUGGAAACAUUUGGAGUUUUUAUGGUUUACGCUCUCAUUGCAUUAAUUGGAACUUUGGUAUUAUAUCGGAUACUGCCUGAAACUAAAAACCGUACAUUACAGCAGAUUGAGGAUGGAUUUAGCUCGAAAUGAUAAAUUCUGAAACUCGGAAUAUUUCGGAAGGAAUUUUCAUCUUCUUUAUUGAUAAUUUUUUUCGCAUUUUCUACUCAAAACGAAAUGAAAAACCAAAAACUAUGAUAUAUGUUCAGUGGAUUUAUUUACUGAAUUUCAACAUCCAUAAACUUUUUUCAUCUCAUUUACAUUUUUUUUUAAUUUAAGAUUAUAGUUGAAUUUUAUAUAAAUGCAAUAAAGUUUGCUGUAAAUAACUGAAUAUUAAUUUUUCUGAUUAUCAUUAUUUGAUUUUAGUGAAUAUUG